AUGGCUAAGAACAACGUCACAGCAGUAAAUGAAUUCAUCCUAAUUGGCUUUAGUGAUCACCCCAACUGGGAGAUUCCCCUCUUCCUGGUGUUUCUCGGCUUCUAUCUUGUCACCAUCCUGGGAAACUUGGGCAUGGUCAUUCUCAUCCAGGUGGAUGUCCAACUCCACACCCCUAUGUACUUCUUCCUGAGCCACCUUUCUAUGUUGGAUGCCUGCUACGCUUCAGUCAUCACCCCCCAGAUCCUGGCCACACUGGCCACAGGCAAAACAGUCAUCUCCUAUAGUCACUGUGCUGCCCAGUUCUUCUUCUUCACCAUCUGUGCAGGAACAGAGUGUUUCCUGCUGUCUGUGAUGGCCUAUGAUCGCUAUGUUGCCAUUAGCAACCCACUGCUCUACACUGUAACAAUGAGCUCUAGAAGAUGCUGGAGUUUGUUAGUGACAGCCUAUAUCUGUGGAGUGUCUGGGGCCAUUCUGCGUACCACGUGUACAUUCUCCCUCUCCUUCUGUGAAAAUAAUCAAAUCAAUUUCUUCUUCUGCGAUCUCCCACCCCUGCUGAAGCUAGCUUGUAGUGACACAACAAAUGCUGAAAUUAUCAUUGUCUUCUUCGGGAACUUCGUAAUUUUGGCCAACGCCUUGGUUAUACUCAUUUCUUACCUGCUCAUCAUCAAAGCUGUCAUGAGGAUGAAGUCUUCAGGUGGAAGAACCAAGACUUUCUCAACAUGUCUUUCCCACCUCACUGCUGUGGCUCUAUUAUUUGGUACCCUCAUCUUCAUGUAUAUACGGAGUGGUUCAAGAAAAUCACUUGAAGAAGACAAAGUAGUCUCUGUCUUCUACACUGUGGUGAUUCCUAUGUUGAACCCUAUAAUCUACAGCCUAAGAAACAAGGAUGUCAAAGCUGCCUUCAGGAAGGUUACUGGUAGAUGCCAGGUGUCCCACAGUCUACAACACUGA